CAAGGUUGCCAUGCCACUAGUUCGGUGAAGCUGUCAACGGAGGAUUCACUCAGAUGGAACAUGGAGAAGCCUACACAUCAGUGCGACAAGACAUUCAGUUUAAAGUCAGACCUGGCGAGGCGUCUGAAGAUCCAUGCCAUCGCCAGGGAGACCUUUACCUGUGAUGUCUGCGGGAAGAGCUUGGCCACUAAACCAUCGCUGGUCAGCCAUCAACAGCUACACCAGUACCCCAACAUCAUUUUGUACCGGCAAGGAGAGGCCAGGCUGUACUGUACAGAGGCAGCAAGGUCUGUGGCAGAGGCCCGCAAUGGCUGGAUCUCAAGACAGCAGAGACCUUUGGAAAGGUCAGCUGGUCAUCACGUUCGGGUAGUACGCCGGUCAGACCUUCAGGUGGCUUGUGGAGAAUGAUGUCGGCUGGCUGGUGUGGCUGCUGUUCCAGUACUGCCAGCAGGGAGAGCAGAACGAGCUGCAGAAGGAGCGACUGCUCCUUCUGCCACAAGGUGACUCCUCACCUGAAAGUGCGGUCGGACGCACCGUUCCCGGAGGCUCCUGCGCUGCCAACAUCCCUCCCUCCGCCAGACCGGCCUCAGGUCCAGUACCGGCACAUCCAUCACGAGGCUGGAAAGAGACGUGGUGAGAAGCGGAGAUUAUUUGUUGAUGAGCCAGAGCAUGCGACUCCCGCGAACCGGCCCGUUCAGCCCACUGGGUUUGUCGUCCUCCACCCGGCUGAAGCCUGCUGCGCUCACCCCCAUUCUGCCGAGGCCUCCUGCGCCCACCCACCUCCAGCCGAGGCCACCCGCUGCGUUGACCUACGGCCCACCCCCUGUGUCGGCAGCACCCAUACUGCUGGUCCUCCCCGCACAGCCACCAUCCUGUUUCGUGGGACAUCCUGCAGCCAGAGCUUUGUCCCUCCUGCACCAACAGUGAAGACAUUCAUGCCUAACAAGUCCUCAAGGCCAUGUGGGGCUUGCCACGUGCCAAACUGUGGUGGACAGUGGAAGAGGUACACCCCUUCCAAGGACAAAGUGGCUGGAAGCAUGCAGAAAAAGUUUUCCUACUGUCCAUCCACUAGGAUGUCCACUACCCCUGGCUUUUACAAUGUGGUGUAUGAAAACUUUGAACUCUUUAAGAAUGUCGUGGAUGCAGAGUUGGAAAGGAGGACUGUGUAAAUACCUGGAAGUGUGUGUGUGUGUGUGUGUGUGUGUGUGAAUAACUUACCUCUGUGAUGCCACUGUUCCGGUGCCAUCUGUAAGAGAGAGAAAGAGGCUUGUUUGUGUGUGUUUGUCUUUGUCUUUGUGUGUGUUUUUUAAAGUGCUUCAGCAAGCACUAUCUAUUUAUUUAUUUAUUUAUAUCGUUAAAAAAAAAUGCACUUUGCAGUUUUACUUGAAGUUCUUUUGUUUGUUUUUUAUUUAUUAUUAUUUAUAUUGCUGUUAAAAUUAACUUUGUAGUAUCCAUUCUGGUCUAUGUUCAAUAUAUCGAGGCCAAUCUUUUAAACCAUAAUCAGUUCCAAUCUAACACAAUCAGUUUACAUACCCUUUAGUGGUUGUUCAUGUUCAGAUAAUCUGUGUUUUUGUCAUGCAUGUUGUUUAUCUUUGUCAGCUUCAUGUCUUUGAUGUUUGUAUGUAUUUGUCUGCUUCAGUUUUAACAAAAGUUUGCUAAAGAAAACACAAAAGGGAGGAACAGCUUGAGCCUUUAUUUGUUGAUUGGUCACCUGAGUCUUUGGAUAACCAUGUUCAUUAUUGCACUUUAGCCUGUACAAGCCAAUUGUUGAUUUGUAUCUUAAGUACAAGUGUGUGUGUGUGUGUUCUUUAAUUGUUGAGUGUUUUUGAUUAUUAUUAAUGUUAUUUAUAUGUGCCUGUCCUUGUGAUGCGUGUAUGUCUGUCAGCUCCAUGUUUAACUAAAUGUUUGCAAAUGGUAGUAAAUGUUUGUCUCUCGUCUCAUGCUCUCGUGUUCUCGCCUGUAGAUCUGUACCUUGUUGUGGUGGGCGAGCUUUUAACUAAACAGAUCUUGUUUACUUGUGUUUAUAUGGAUUGCCUUUUCAAUGAAACACAUUCUGGUUGAAAAAUAAAAGUUGUAAAAGUA